AGAAGCAGAAAUGGUGAGUACAGUCAGACCUCGCAUGAUUUAACAAAAUCCUGCCAUCUACUGGAUGGUUCAAACCAACCGAUUGGCCCAAUUUAAUAAACUGAGUUAAUCUCGAUUGAUGAUUUUUUCUUAAUGAAAGGAAGGUCGGAUUUACAGUCAAACCAGAAUGAUUCUAUAUACUUUUAAUAAAGAAUUAAUGUUUCAGAAGAAAGAAAAAAAGGCUAAUUCGUUGAUGGGUGAUGAAGAUAAUCUUUCAAAGUGAUUUCAUUUUCUCCAAGAAACAAUUUUUUUCGAUGUUAGAAUUGAUGUUUUGCCGUGUUAAAUACAGCCAUAGUCAAUAUCGUCGAUUAAUGUUUUUUUAAUAUCGGGAAACACUAUUUCAGAUCAUUCACGACACUUGGGACUAAUUGCCGUCCAUUUAUUUAAAUAAAACGGAAUUCUGGCCGGAGCACUUUGGAUAUUUUUUUUUCAAAACUAAUUAGAUUUUCUGUAAGGGCAUGAAAAGUUGUCGAUAAAAUAAAAAUUUCACGACCUAAAAACUUAUCGUUGUUGAGAAAAGCGACCUGAAGUUUUAACUCCGAACUCGAUUUUCAUGAAAACUACUAAUCAGAUCAGAAAAAAAUAAAUAUAUUUAGACUUCAUAUUUGUGACCCUACAAAUACACAAAGUUCCAACUCUUAACUCAAAACUAAAAUUCGGCGACCAUCCUCCUUAUCGAAAUAAUUAAAAAAAUAAAUUAACAUUUAUUUGUAUAGAAAUUUAACUUCCGAGUUUGAACUUUUGUUCAUAAAAAAGUCACUUAUCGACAUUUUUCUCUAAAAUUUUGGUAUAAGGUCAAAUAGCCCCGAGAUAGGUUACAAUUAGUUCUUGAUAAGUUAUAACGCCAAAAAGACUUUUAUCUAAUUUUGAACAUUCGAAAUAAUUUUUUCGCACUCGAGACAUUGAAUUUCCAUAAAAUUUCGUCUAUUUUGCUCAAAAUUAGAUAUAAGUUUUUUCUAGAAUUUCGACAAUUAAAAUCAAUUGUUUUUUAGAUCGAAUCUUAAAUUUUGUUUCACCUUUUUCAAAGUUAUUUUAAAUUCAUUAAUUUUUCGGUUUUGUGUCAACUAAUUCAUUAUUUCGGACAGUGAAAAAGUCACACACUAUCUAGUUUUUGUACCAAUUCAUUGAUUCGGAGUAAUUAAUUUAGGAAAAUAGUGAUUUUGAUUACAAUUGGCUUUCCUUACAAUCAUCAACUCACCGCUUAGUCACUUGAUCACUAAAAACUGUUAUAAUUUUCAAAUCUUCAUCAUUUAAUUCAUUGAUAAAAUUCAGUUGAGACCCUGAAGGUACUAAAAUAGACCAACCAGGAACUUCAUCCUCUUUUCAACUUAAUGAAUACCCGAUGGACAAUAAACGUCGAGGAAAAUGUUUGAUUUUCGCUCAUAGUCACUUUCUUAGAGAAUACAAAAAACCUAUACCGAUGUCUGAAAAAUGUAUUCAAUACAUAGAAUCUUGUUUUAAAGGUUUAGAAUUCGAGAUUUGUAAAUAUAAAAAUCUCACUAUAGCACAAAUCGCAGUCACUUUAAGCUCUGUAUCGAAAGAAGAUCAUUCGAACGCGGAUUGUUUGGUUGUUUGUAUUCAAACUCACGGAAGCUCGAGCUAUUUACGUGCUUUCGAUGGCAAAUAUAAAACUGAAAUAUUUUUCGACUCUUUCAAUGCCGAAAAUUGUCCUUCAUUGGCUGGGAAGCCAAAAAUAUUUUUUAUUGACGCUUGUCGUGGUCAUAAGGUAGAUCCUGGUUUCGAAAAAAUCAAAAUGAUAAUAUCAUUGAAAAAAGAAUCGCCUGAAGAAUCAAAUGAGGAAUCGUUUGAAAAUUGUAAGGUCGAAAACUUCAACUAUGCUCAGGCUUCUAUAGUGCGAAAUGGUGAUUGAGUUCAAGGUGACUUUUAUC